CCACGUGACUUACAAAACAGUAAUGACCUCUUGUGCUAGCUAAUGGCAGCUAAAAAGAGGACUUCAUGCUAACGUUCUUAAAUAGAAGACAGCGUUUCAUAAGAUGGACCAGACUAAACAAGAUGAGGAGUAUGGAUAUGAUUUAUUCCCAGAGAGAAACAAGGGGAAGUUUAAAACGGGAUCAAUCGCACAGAGCCUGUUCUCUUUCAACCACAAGUGUCAGGUCAUGUUACAUUUCGCAAUGGAAACUAGUCCCUAUGCCAAACUCCUACUGAGUGCCAUGAAAAAUUCCGGAUGUAAAGUGUUUAAAGACCGACAUUUCUCCUGUGAAGAUUGUGAUGGAACGGUCAGUGGUGGUUUUGAUGCAACUUCUUCACAAAUAGUUUUGUGUCAAAACAACAUCCACCAGCAGUCCCACAUGAACAGAGUGGUCACACAUGAACUCAUCCAUGCAUUUGAUCACUGCCGGGCCCAUGUGGAUUGGUUUAACAACUACAGACACCUGGCUUGUUCGGAAAUUCGUGCCGCAAACCUCAGUGGAGACUGUGCUUUCAGUAAUGAACUUGCUAGAUUCAAUUUUGGUGUGAAGGAACAUCAUCAGGAGUGUGUCCGAGGCCGUGCCCUCCGCUCCAUCUUGGCUGUGAGGAAAAUUAGUCGAGAAGAAGCAGAGAAAAUCGUAGACGAGGUCUUCAGCUCGUGUUUUAAUGAUCACGCACCGUUUGGACGAAUCCCACACAGCAAAAAGGAUGCCAAGUUUGCCUACAGAGAUUAUGAGAAUAGAGAUCGAUAUUAUGCGAACCUUUAGUGUCGUCACAUUCUCAUUCAACUCCUAAGGGUGCUCUGGCUGGUCCUGAUGCUGAUGAGAGCCUGGAAACAUCAGGGCCGCUUUUAACUUUAACACCUCAACAGAGCAACUGUCAAAAGUGAUAGUAUCGUCUCAGAAGGGAUUUUCAAAGAUUCACGUGCCCUUGCAGCUGGAAGUGAGUUUAAUGCAUCUUCUCCUUAUUGGACUCUAAUUCUGAUUAAAGGGAUUGUAAAGACUGUAUUCAGUCUGGAUGUAUUAACUGAGGCCGCAGUGAUGUUUUUUUGUCUUUUAUUUUUAGUGAAUAAUCAUUUGGUGCUUUCAAGGAAAUACAGUUUCCUUUUUGACCACUGUUUAUUUCUUUCAACCUCCACUAAGUUCUUGUAAAUAGAGCUUCUGUUUAAUUUAAAAAUCAACUUGAAUUAAAGUUUUAUGAAAGGUCUAA